ACGACAGCGUAAACGGCUGCCGAACCUGCACUCCCUCCAUUCUGGAGAAGCGCGCCGCCGCCGGGCUAUAAUCAUCGCUAGGAGCGAAAUUAGAAGAUUCCGAGGGAUCUAGCCACAAAAGCCGAGCGCCAUCCCAGAGGAAGAGUAUGAGAGCGCGGCACCUACAGCCCAGAAAUCCCAGAAUCUACCAAGAGCAAGCUUGCAAGGCGGUCAGGCGCGCACCAAAUCGGCGCCCGCUCGCUUCACGGGAUCGAUCCCGGUCGAUUUCUAUGGCGUUCCGUGGGAUUCGCGGCGCUUCCUUCUCCCGUUCUUGAUCAGUUGUUGAUCGGACGAAGACCUGGGAAUGCAGAAAGAUGUGCUUGCGUAACAGCAAACACUUACUUUGCGCAAACAAGAUCAGAGCUUCGUUCAAGCUCAUGCUGUGGGGCUCUCAUGAUAAUGUGCUGCAUACUGGUACUGUUGCUUCUCUCUGUGGUCUGAAGCACAGUAUAUCGAAGGGGUCAGUAUUUGUUGAUAAUCACAUUUGUGAAGACAGUUAACAUCUGCUCCAUUCAUGAGGUAUACAGUCUAGAUACUGCUAUAUAAGCGGUGUGUGGUGUUGGCUUGUUUUACUCCAUUCAGAUAGCUUGAUAUGAUGGAUGAGAGGAGGACUAUCUUGAUGGGCCGUUAUGAAAUUGGGAAGCAAUUGGGACAAGGAAAUUUUGCGAAGGUGUAUUAUGCCCGAAAUCUUGCAACUGGCCAAGCUGUUGCUAUAAAGAUGAUCAAUAAAGAUAAGGUUACCAAGGUUGGACUUAUGGAGCAGAUAAAGAGGGAGAUUUCAGUAAUGAGAUUGGUGAAGCACCCAAAUGUCCUGCAGCUUUUUGAGGUUAUGGCUACCAAGAGCAAGAUUUAUUUUGUAUUGGAGUAUGCUAAAGGUGGUGAGCUUUUCAACAAGAUAGUAAAGGAGGGGAAGCUUAAUGAGGAUGCCGCCAGGAGGUAUUUCCACCAAUUGAUCAGCGCUAUUGACUAUUGCCACAGCAGGGGUGUUUAUCACCGUGAUCUGAAGCCUGAAAAUCUACUCCUGGAUGAGAAUGAAAACCUGAAAGUCUCAGAUUUUGGUUUGAGUGCCCUGGCUGAUUGCGCGAGGCAGGAUGGUCUCCUGCACACCACAUGUGGAACUCCAGCUUAUGUUGCCCCUGAAGUGCUUAGCAGGAAAGGUUAUGAUGGUGCAAAAGCAGAUGUAUGGUCCAGUGGGGUAAUUCUGUAUGUGCUUGUGGCUGGUUACCUUCCUUUUCAUGAGGCAAAUCUGAUAGAGAUGUAUAGAAGGAUUUCCAAAGCGGACUUUAAAUGCCCUCGGUAUUUUUCCGCUGAGCUGAAGGAGCUAUUAUAUAAAAUCCUUGAUCCAGAUCCCAGUACUAGGAUUCCAAUCUCUAGGAUAAAGAGAAGUGCUUGGUACAGAAGACCAGUUGAGGUAAAUGCAAAGAAAACUGAGCCUGAAGCAACGCACAACACCUUUUCAGCUGAAGCUGCGUCGUCAGGCUCGACAGGAUGCAGCACUUCUGGGGGAAAUCAAGGGUCAUUAAGCCUCCCAAACCUGAAUGCAUUUGACAUCAUCUCUCUUUCAACAGGGUUCAAUCUAUCUGGUUUUUUUGAGGAUGAGUAUGGUCGCAGGGAAGAACGAUUUACCACUAGGCAGCCUGUAACAAUAGUACUUACAAAGUUGAAGGAACUGGCCAAACGCUUGAAGCUAAAAAUUAAGAAGAAAGAAAAUGGAGUCCUGAAGUUGGCUGCUCCAAAGGAAGGAAAGAAGGGGUUUCUUGAGCUUGAUGCUGAGAUUUUUGAUGUAGCCCCUUCUUUUCUCCUAGUUGAGUUGAAAAAGACUAAUGGGGACACUUUCGAGUAUCAAAAGUUGGUGAAAGAGGAAGUAAGGCCAGCACUCAAGGAUAUUGUAUGGGUAUGGCAAGGUGAUCAGCAGCAGCGGUCAGAGCCGAUUCUGCAAGGGGAGCAGCAUCACUCACCGUCGCCAACACAACAGCCACAUGAUGAGUUGCAACCGCCAUUGCAACAGCAAGAGGGACAGGAUCAGUUGCACCCACCUUUACAACCACAGGAGCAGCAGAACUUGCAGGAACAACCACCAUUGCCACCACAGAAUGGCUUCAAACACCAAGAUUGACAUGAUGGCAGUACCGGAUGAAAGUACCUCGUGUGUAUUUCCCUGUACUGCUAAUUCCAUACUCUUUGCAACCAUGAUUUAUGGACAGUCUUUUUUCCUCCUCUCUAGUUCCUCCUGAAUUGUAAAGCUUGUGUGUAUAACAUAAGUGAAUGUAUAGUUUCAGUUUUGCAUACUAUAGGGGGAAAUAAACUCUUGAUUCCGUUUUUGAACCUUUUUGAAAUAAAAUGACUAUUGACCAGCACCA